AUGAAUGACCAGAUGUUGGGAACGCCGAGGAAGCGAGGGAGGGAAGAAGAAGAGGAAGAGGAGAUGGUCGUCAGUACCUCGGCCUUCUCCGAGGCUCUCGUGGGUAAUCACCCCUCAGCCCCAAGGAACUCGCCGAGCAGAGCCGCCUUGCCUCCCUCCCAACCGUGCUUCUUCUUCCCCGGGAACCUCGACUCAGGCCUCUCCGCGAUGGUGCAGAGAGACCUGUUAGAGCUGGACCGCUUCGUCUCUUCCCAGGUGAUUAAUUCCCCUAUGUCCUCUCUCUACGAGAUCACCGCCACCGCCAUACAUCAUGGGCCACCGAGGGCUUCCGGUCCUGCGACGGUGCUGGAUUGACGUAGAUUGUGCCUUGAUCUUGUCCACAGAUGGAGGGGAUGAGGACGGAGAUGGAGAGGCGGCGGCGGCGGCGGUGGGCCGGCGUGGUGCGGGCGGUGGAGGAGGGCGUGCAGAGGAUGGUGCAGGUCAAGGACGAGGAGAUCGCGUCGGCGGCGCGGCGCAGCUCGGCGCUGGAGGACCGCCUGAGGGUCCUCGCCGUGGAGGGCCAAAUGUGGAAGAAGCUCGCCCGAAGCAGCGCCGCCUCCGUGGCGGGCCUCCGCCGGGACAUCGAGCUGGCGAAUCAGGCGGCGGCGGCGUGGGACGGCGGCGAGGCGGAGGACUCCAUCUCCUGCUGCGAGGGGCGGCACUCGGAGGAGGAGGCGGCGGCAGCGGAAUUUGGGGCGGUGAGGCGAUGCGGAGCUUGCAAAAGGGGGGAGGCUUCGAGGCUGGUGCUCCCCUGCCGGCACCUUGGGCUCUGCGGCGAGUGCGACGCGGGGGCCGACUCGUGUCCCCUCUGCGGGGGUCAGAAGAGCGCCACCAUCAGCGUCUUCCUGUAG